AAUAACAAAAGAGCAUAGCGCAAGAGUAGAGAGAUUUUUUCUGAGAACUCCAACAGUAAAGAGCUAUCUAGAUCUAUUAAAAAUCAAUGGAUCUCCACUCUGAUACAUUUCUGAACCACAAAUAAACAGGGAAUGCUGGUUGAAGCUUUAAAACACACAGGCAAGACUGAGUGAUCAAGAAAAUACAAAUAAACCAUCUGUGUCUGACAUCUUCUCCAAAUACUUGAACAUGGGGAAUGGCAUGAAUAAAAUUUUACCUGGUCUGUACAUUGGAAACUUCAGAGAUGCCAAAGAUAACAAACAGUUAAAUGAUAACAAUAUUACCCAUAUAGUUGCAGUCCAUGACAAUGCUAAGAAAAUUGUUGAGGAUAAAGAAUAUCUGUGCAUACUAGCAAGUGAUUCACCUGAUCAAGAUCUGACCAAAUAUUUUCCUCAAGUAAUCAAGUUUAUUCACAAAGCCAGACUUGAAGGAGGAUCUGUUUUAGUUCAUUGUCUGGCAGGAGUGUCCAGAAGUGUCACACUGACAGCAGCUUACAUCAUGACAGUGACAGAUCUGGGCUGGCGAGACUCCUUGAAUGCUAUCAGGGGAGCAAGGAGUGUGGCUAACCCCAAUUUUGGCUUUCAGAAACAACUUCAAAAUUAUGAGAAUGAACAUUUGGAGGAGGAAAGGAAAAAACUCAAGGCCCUGUUUCCCACCAAUCCAUUUAACGAUGAAGAAGAGUGCCGCUACAAUCUGAAAAGCUACCAGGAGUACAUCAUGACAGGCAACAUGCCCUCACGCUCAGCUGACCUUUACCCCCUGCCGCACAGAGCUUACCAAGGACAGGUAAAGAAGGAUACUCUCAAGAAAAGUCAAAUUCAAAAGGUAGUCACUCGUAUAUCUAAGAGCCCGCAGCGCCACAGUGCAAAGCGGCAACAUGCAAUAGGCAAACUAGUGGAUAAUAUGAAUCCUACAGAAACUUGUGAAUCAGAGCAGGCUACAGAUUCUGAGGCCAGCCUGGCCACAUCCCCUGAUGCAAGCUGUGAAGAAGUCAAGUCAGAUGGCCAGUUGUGAUAUUUAGUUGUGCUAUUGUUCUUUUUAUGGACAAAGGAGUAACCAAAAUUGUAACUGUUUUGUCACAGAUACAAAAUGGGAGAAAAAAAACAACUGUUUGCAAUAAAGAUGCAAAGUUAAUCCAUGGAAUAACAUCAGGAACACGUCACAUCUAUGGAAGUGACAGCAAAACAUGUUGUGCUUUUUAUUUCAGCAUUUGAAUCAGAGAGUAUGUUUGAAAGAUCAAAUUUGCUUAAAAGAAGAUUGAUUGGUAGUGAAAAUUUAAGUAUUGUUGAGAAUUGUCAAUUCUUCUUCUGUUUCAUAUUAAGGAAUUAUGUAAAUAGAGUUUCUGCUUCAACAAGUAAUUUUUCUCUUUUUUAUUCAUAAAUACAUUUCUUGGAUAUCAAUACAUUUUUAAAUAUAAAAUGUUUCCCUUUUUUUCCAAACAAACUUUCUUUUAUGUAGGUUUUCUUUCAUUAUAUAUACAUGUGUGUAUAUAUAUAUAUAUAUAAAUUAGUUAAAAACAAUAAUUCUUGAAACUAAAGUUUCUUUUGUGCCUUGAAGCUCAAAUUUUAUUUAAAACUUUUACUAUUCUUAAAUUAGGAUGGCUUUUUUUUUUUAAAGGAAAUGUUUUUUGCUCAGAUGAAACUUUAUUCAGAGUUUUCAAGCAUUUCCUUUUGAACCCAAUAAAAAAAAGAAAUUAAUUUGGUAUUUUUCUAGCCUUUUUAACUUGCAAUUUUUUUUAUUUGUAUCAUUGCUUUAAACUAUAUUUAAUAUUUGAUAUUUUGGAUAUAAGCCACAAUUAGGCCGUGUCUGUAUAUAUACCUUUGAAAGUUAAUUUAUAAAGACAAGAUAUAUAUACCAAGAAUUCUAUGAUUACCAAGAGACUGGUUUGAAACUUUGGAACGUUGAUUUCAAGCUAAGAGAAAAAGAAGAGAAAAAACAUCAAGCAAGGAUUUUCAGUUCUUAAUUACAUUGUGAGAAUAUAUUUACUAUUAUACUAUAAUAUUUAGAACAUUAAAUUUGGGUUAAAAAUUUCAUACACACUUUAUGAAUACAGAUAUUUUUUUUAUGAGAAACAUAUUCAUGUAAAUUUUUUGUUUUUCUCUUGAACUAGUGGGAACACAUAGUUUAUUGUAAAAUAGCAUAAUUUUUGUACUAAAGAAUUCAAUCUAUCAAGCCAAAGUGACUUAACAUUUUCUAUAUUUUCUAAAACUAAAAUAUGUCUACUUGAAAGAUAUUCUCUUGUCCACCAUCACAAACAGGGUUUGAAACAUGAACAGUAUUUUACACAAAAUUGUCAUGUAGAGUAUAUCCAGUGAUAGAUUAUAAAUAUCUUAUGUGAAAUGCUGUAAAGAAAUUAGUUUUUCAGUCACAAUAUGUUAAAUCGGGAAUAUGGCAAACAGAUUAUAUUCAAUAAAGAUCCAAUGCUAAUAAUUAUUUUUUUAAAUUUUUAUGCAUGAAAAAGCAUAAAAUAUCUAUCAAGUAUCUCACAAAAACUAUUUGUUAAAUUUGUAACCCUUUGACUUCUACAGACUAAUACCUAUAUAUAUAUAUAUGAUGCUAUGCAUAAGUGUUGGUGGUUAUGUUUGCCACCAAGUUUAUUACAGAUGCAGGUGAACUUUACAUCAUCUGUCCAGUCCAUUGCUCUAUUUCCAAAGGAGCUUAAUUAAUUAGAAAGAUUUGUUAGCAGAAAUAUUUAAGAAAGACAUAUAGAUAACAUUCAUUUUAGUAAUACAAAAUCUGUACCAGAUGUACUGUAAAAUAUUUCUCAUUUCACUUAAACUUACAGCUGUUAAUCUGAUCAUCAAGCAUUACAAAAACAAUAGAUCUAAUUGUUUUUAUUGAAUGAAGUUGAAUGCUUUUGCAUCAUAUUUUUACAAAGCUUUUAUCAACUCACUCUGUCUGUCAGGUAAAAAGUUUGUACACAUUAUUUCUCCCACAUCCAAUUUUGGAUUAAGCUGAAAUUUUGCACAAUUAUUUCUUUUACCUGACAACACAAGAAUCAAUUUAAAAAAAAAUAACCAGUUAGCUAAUUAACUAUUGGUAAUUAAAAACUAUUGAAAUUGUUCUUUACUAAUGUGGUGGUAUAAGCUGAAUUAGUCCACUGUAUAGGUCGCAGCUUUAAACUAAGUUUGAAACAAACAAUAGAUAACUAUAUAAUCUUCUAUUUUCAUAAGCCAUUUACUAGCAGAGCGGUUAGUAUGUUGGCUUGAGGAGGUUUGAGCCAUGAGUUUUUUUUUCUCAAAUAAAUGUUUUUAAAAAGUGAUUAGAGCUAAACAAAAACAGUUGGUACAAAUAUUUCUAAUCGCACAGAUUUAUUGUUGUUGGUCUUAGAUUUAUUACAUAUUUAAUUACAUGACUGAUCCAAACUUAUUUAUUUUUUUUUAACAAUUUUUUUUAUUUUCUUGUUAUUGUAAACCAAAAAAAAAUAAUUUUUUUUUGCUAACAUUUGGUUUAAUUCAUAAUCUGACUGCGUAAGGUAAUUGAAAGCCUGAUAUAUCCAACCUUUAGUAAUCUAUGUAAUUGUCUUAUGAAAUUAUGUAUGCCUUACUGUUAGCACAAUUUAAACUUUUUUUUCUCUCAUGCUUAAGACAGGGUGUUGUUUUGAAAGGUAUAUAUAUAAUUUGAUCCUGGCUUUAUUGUUACUUCUGAGGAAUCCAGAAAUGAGUUUUAUUUACAUCUAUUCUUAGAAUAUUUUAUUUGCUAAAUUAUGAAUUUUCUUAUGAAAUAAUUCAAUCAGUUGGUGUUAUUAAGACUUAUAGUUUAGACUUGAUAACUUGAAAGAGUAUUGACUUUCAUUAAAAUUUAUUUUGUUCAAAUUGUAUGACACAAUUUGUUUUCAAGAAAUACUCAUUUAGAAUGUGCUAAUGUUUAGAAUCUCAUAGGUCAAGGACUUCAUUUAAAUAUAAUAUUCUAUAGAAGGUUUUAUCUUUGAUUUCAUUCCAAUGAAAUAUUGGUUGAUUGUGUUUUUUUCUAUAGACAAUUUUAAAUGACUCCUUCAAAUCUGUGAUUUAAAUACAUAUUUUAGAAUCUGAAGCAAAUCUGUCCCCAUUUAGUUUCAUGUAUCAAAGUAUUUCCCUUUACAGGAGCAAAUGUUUUAUAGUUACAUAGAUGGGCAUUUAACAUGAUCAACCAUGAAGGCAAUAUUAGAGUAAAAAUAUUGAUAAGGAAAAUAGAUAUGAUGAUCUUUUUAUGGCUUGGCUAAUAAUAAAAAUUCUCUUUUUGAAGGCGCAAGUUUAAAAAUUGUAAUUCUUUUUUUUUUAUUUUUCAUAACCCAACAAUAAACAAUGUUCGGUGGUAACUUUAAACCAUAUUUAUAUGUUAAUUCAUGCCUCUUGAUCAUUUAUUCUUAUGUUUACACAUUUGUAAGCAUUUUAAAGUAACUUAACAUUAAUUUGGACUAUCCUAUUCUUCCCCUUGGUCUUUGCAUUAUGGGUAAUGUUAUAACAUCUGUCAAAUGUUUUAUUUAUCCAUUUCCAAUAUUGUAUUAUUACAAUAUUUACUUUUCUUGUCCUAAGGACAUUUUACUUCCUAUUGCAAACUUUUGUUCUUGAUUUAUAGUUUUGUUUGCUGUUCUAUUUUUUUUCUUUUUUUACCAGCACAAUCAUUUGUAUGACAUUCAUUUUCUACUUAAAUAUCAAAGCAUUGAAUUUGUAUGACCACUGUACAAAAAAGAAAAUAUGUCUUCCUGCACUGUUCACUUCUGCACAACUUGUCUACUGUAAACAUUUGAUUUUAAUAUAACUUCUGCAUGAAACAAUGGUUUUACUUUGUGGUAUGAAUGAUCCUCCAGCAAAUAGGUCAACUAAGUUUAGUUGUUGAGUAUUUUGAAUUAUGACAAAAUAACAUUGUAAAAUUGAAAUAUGAAAAGAGAUUUUUAAACAAGUAGUUUACUAAAACUAUUAACUAAACUGGAAGCUUUUGUACCAAACUUAUUUCAUAAUUAUCUUCUUUCAUAUGAGAUGGAUUGGCACCUUUGCUAGUGACAAAAGUUAUUUGGAGUAGCCAUUAUAUGAAAACUAUCAGGCAGAUGGCAUAUUUAUAAAAGUGAUUUCUCCACUUUGCUUCAUAGUUUUGUCUCAAAUGUUCCAGACAUUGAACUUAUUGGUUCUCAGCAUAUCUGAAUGUUUUCAUUGGACAAAAGGCUUAGAGAUAUUUAUUGAGAGAAGUUUUGAUCAACUUAUAUUACAAUUAAGCUUCUUUUUAAAAAAUUCUUUAAUAGAAAAAAAAAAGUAUCUGACAAAAAAAAACAACAGAGCAGCAUUAUGAAAGGUCAAGUUCAUUCAGUCUUCCAACUGUCAAAAAAAAAUAAAAAUAUUUUAUCCCUCCACUGUGACUCCACUUCCAAACAUUAAGUUAGAUUUUGUUUUCUGUGUCCACUAACUGAUGAAGAAACCUUAACUCAACAUAAUGCAACAACCUUGUAACAAAAGUGCCAUUUGAUUUCUAUUGAACUUUGUAAAAAAAAUUGUUUUGAUGAUGUAUUUGCAUCUUGUUAUAGCAUUGGUUGCUUUAAUGAACAGGAUUUCACACUUUGCUGAGAUAACUGACUUAAUGCCCUUUUUUUUUUAAAGUUAAUUAUGAAAUUUUGUCUUUCAUUUGUUUUUGUUUUUUUCUUCUUUCUUCUCAUUUUCAUGUUGAAGGCUUCAGACGAGUAUUCCUUUAUUUGAAAUGAGUUUAUAGAUCUGGUAGUUCUCCAUAAAGUUUUUCUCUAUUGGAGGGUUGAGUUUACAGAUCAGGUAGUUCUCCCUAAAAUUUUUCUCUAUUGGAGGGUUGAGUUUACAGAUCAGGCAGUUCUCCCUAAAAUUUUUCUCUAUUGGAGGGUUGAGUUUACAGAUCAGGCAGUUCUCCCUAAAGUUUUUCUCUAUUGGAGGGUUGAGUUUACAGAUCAGGUAGUUCUCCCUAAAGUUUUUCUCUAUUGGAGGGUUGAGUUUACAGAUCAGGUAGUUCUCCCUAAAGUUUUUCUCUAUUGGAGGGUUGAGUUUACAGAUCAGGCAGUUCUCCAUAAAGUUUACUCUAUUGGAGUGUUGAGUUUACAGAUCUGGCAGUUCUCCCUAAAAUUUUUCUCUAAUGGAGGGUUGAGUUUACAGAUCAGGUAGUUCUCCCUAAAGAUUUUCUCUAUUGGAGGGUUUUUGUUUUGAUUUCUUUUUAUUUCAGGUGCAAGUUGUCCAGAUUUGUGUAUGCGUGGCUUGAAGCUUGUGAGUUGAUCCUUUCAGCUCAUGUCCUAAUGUGUUGAUUUAAUGUACUUGAGCUUUAAGGAGGCAUUAAACAAUUUUAUAGUUUUGUAUUACAGAUUUCAUAAUUGACACAUAUGAGGUUGAAGUAAUUCAUUGUACUGCUAUUUUAACUUUUAUUGAGUUUGACUUAAACUCAGUACCACAGUGUACAGACAGAGCUGAUAACUUUUUUUGCGCUAUUGAAGAUGUAUUGGCUUUUAAUGUAUCAUAUCAAAGAAUUUCUUUCUUUGAACUGUCAGAUUUCUAGAUUUUUCUCUUGACAUUUUUUUUCACUCUUAAGACUCGUCUUACAUCUAUGAACGGAACAGUAUCCAAAAUAAAAGCACAAGUUUUCCAAGCAUGGGUCUAACAAACAAAUCUGGGCAGAUGAAGUCUUAAAAUAGUGCCUACUUUUUAAAAAACUUAAAAUUUAUGUUUUGAACACCUCCCAAAAAAAAAAAAAACAAAAGACAAUGUUUUAAUAAUUUAUCUGCCCAGAUUUUAGACAAUAUUUGUUAAUUAUGCUGUUUUUGAACUUGAAGUCUGCUUUUCUGUUGACCAGAAUGUGUCAUAUAUUUAUUAGUAUUUUUAUUAUUUGUUAAAAUUGAUCUUAAAAGAUGUUGUUUUUUUCUUUUACUGUUUCUACUAUUUUCAUGCAUGCAUUGUAAUAAAUAUAUUUGUUUUUGUACUGA